UAUAGUAGAAGGGUAUAGUCUAACAAGGGUGACAAGUAACUACAUUCUGAUUGUAAGACAACACAGAGUAGACCCUCUAAGGGUACAAAAGUCAAAACACAAAGAUCUCUGUUUAAAUCCAGCCAAAGUUGGGGCAAACUGCCAUUCUUUCAACUUAAUUCAAGAUUAUGCGAUCAGUAAAAAUCACAAGUUUAACAAAUAAUUCAUACAAAAAAGGCACAAAUUGGUGAGAAGACCUGAUAGCAGGAUCAUUGACGUGUUUGUCAUCCCUCUUUCUAUCCUUAUAUAUAGACAUAGACACUAUCACACUUCCACAUGCAUGGAUAUAAGCACCCUGCAAUGAAGGAAUACAGAGGGCAAGCAUCUGGUGUAAUCAUUACAAACUGAGGAAAGAGUCCAUGCUAUGAAGGCAAUUUAAGUAUUAACGUAUUUUGAACUGUGAUGAAAGUAUAUUUGAAAAUAAGAUGUAAUGAAUACUAUAACAUCAUACUGACAUUGAAUUUAUCAUAGGUGAAAAAAUUUCCUUGUGUUUCCUUUGUAAUGCAUAAUUUUCUCUUAGUAAGUGACUAAGAUCAAAAUAUAAUUGGAGGUGUUUUCUCAGGAAACACUCAAACAAUAAUACGUACAGUUGCAGCAUGCUUAAACAUUUGCCUCAGACAUUCAGACUUGGUGAGCUCCUUGUUUCUUCUACAGGGAAAUGGGAGGAAAUCAGACUUCCAUCACAGAGUUCCUUUUACUGGGAUUUCCUGUUGGUCCAAGGAUUCAGAUGCUCCUCUUUGGGCUCUUCUCCCUGUUCUACAUCUUCACCCUGCUGGGGAAUGGGACCAUCCUGGGGCUCAUUUCACUGGACUCCAGACUCCACACCCCCAUGUACUUCUUCCUCUCACACCUGGCGGUCGUCAACAUCGCCUACGCUUGCAACACAGUGCCCCAGAUGCUGGUGAACCUCCUGCAUCCAGCCAAGCCCAUCUCCUUUGCUGGCUGCAUGAUCCAGAUGUUUCUGUUUUUGAGUUUUGCACAUACCGAAUGUCUCCUGCUGGUGCUGAUGUCCUACGAUCGGUAUGUGGCCAUCUGCCACCCUCUCCGAUAUUCUACCAUCAUGACCUGGAGAGUCUGCAUCACUCUGGCAUUGACUUCCUGGACUUUAGGAGUCUUACUGGCCCUUGUCCAUCUAAUGUUACUGCUACCACUGUCCUUCUGUGGACCCCAGAAAGUUAACCACUUUUUCUGUGAAAUUACGGCUAUUCUCAAACUUGCCUGUGUGGAUACCCACAUUAAUGAGGUAAUGGUUUUGGCAGGGGCACUGUCUGUGCUGGUGGGACCCUUCUUUUCUAUUGUAAUAUCUUAUGUUCAUAUUCUGUGUGCCAUUCUAAAGAUCCAGUCAGGGGAGGGGCGCCAGAAAGCCUUCUCCAUCUGCUCCUCCCACCUCUGUGUGGUUGGACUCUUUUAUGGCACAGCCAUCAUCAUGUAUGUUGAGCCCCAAUAUGAGAGCCCCAAGGAGCAGAAGAAAUAUCUCCUGCUGUUUCACAGCCUCUUCAAUCCCAUGCUCAAUCCCCUAAUUUAUAGUCUUAGGAACAAAGAAGUCCAAGGUGUUCUAAAGAGUAUGCUUGUAAAGGAGAGAACUUCAUGAAAGCCUGAAAGAAUAAUAAAAUAGCUGGGUUUACUAAAGGGCUUUGAGAUUACACCUGAACCCAUAGCUACUCAGGAUACAUAAUCACACUCUAAGGAACCCUUUCCAUCUUCUUGAAAUGUUCCUAUGAGUACCUCCGGAGAAAGCCCAUUCUGCUUUCUUCUCUCUAGCAUUGAAGGUCGGAGCUGCACAAUUAAAAAAAUAUAUUUACACUAGCUGUAUAGUGUACAUACUUUUAAUAUAAUUAUGUGAAAUGUUCUGAAAGUUGGAAAUAAAUGUGCAUCUUUUUGUUAAGUAAAUAGGACUCAAAGGCCAAUUUUUGUAGAAUAAAGAUACAGGCGUUAAGAGAGACUGAUAACAAAGUCAUUAUUUAAUUAUUUUUAAUUUAGAAAGUGCCAUAUUGAGGCCUGGCGUGGUGUCUCUUGCCUGUAAUCCCAGCACUUUAGGAGGUCAAGGCAAGCAGAUCACGAGGUCAGGAGAU